AGCUUGGCUCUGCCUUCAGCUCGCUGCUGUAACGUCUAAGAGUGUGCGCUAGUAUGUGUGCCGGUGGGCGGACAUGGACGUGAACGUGGACGUGAACGUGGACGUGGAUGUGGAUGUGGAUGUGGAUAUGGAUGUGCGGUGGGUGGCGGUGGUGCGAUGGUGCGGUGGCCAAAGGAUGCCUCCGUCCGCCGGCCAUGUGUUUGUGUAGAUGUCCGCUUCAAAAUUCGCAUACACAGCAGUGGUCAACUAUGGAAAUUAUCGAUCGACUUGCCUUUGGCGCCAGGUGGUUGGGUGCUAUGAUGGAAAAGUGGUGACGAAGGCAGCGGCAGCGCCAGCAGAAGCAAUCUCCGCUGCUCUGCGCCUUCGUAGUCGUAGUCGUAGUCGCAGUCCGGCGAUUUGCGCCGUAACGAUGGAGGGAGGGAGUAAGGAGAUGAAGAUGGAGAUGGAGAUGGUGAAGCUGGAGGUGGAGGAGGAGAUGGUGGCCACAUGCCCGUACUCGUAUUCGAUGCCCAGUCUAAAUGGCAAGAACGCAGCGGCAGCUAAGAGAUGCCCAAAAAGAAAUUGCGGACAUUUACAUUAUGUGUCCAUGUAUGAGUAUGCCCACCGAAUCCAAGUGUGUCCGGGGUUUUUGGGUCUGCUCAUAUUGAGGACACGGCGGGGCGGGGUUUCAGAGGGUAUCAGAGAUUGGGGACCGCAGUUAGGAGCCCGAAGCCUGGAGCACAGGAGCACGGAGGAUGGAGGAUGGUAUGUGCCGUUGAAGCAAGCACACAUGCAAACGGCAUGCGGCGGUGGAAUAUACGUGAGCUUAGGAGUUGUCGUCGUCGAGAUGUCCUUUGGUUGCCAGUCCAGACGUCGUGGUCCGAGCGAAGGACCUCCUCCAGCUGCCCAGCACUCGCCCGGGCGGGCAGCUUUUGCAUCAAAGUGAAACGGGCUAAUGGGACGGGCCCAAAUUCGCAGCACUGAACAGAGCAGCUGAACGGUGGGAGCCAUAACAACAAGGCGGAGAUCUCACCAUCUCACCAUCUCAUCCUGCCAGCAGGCUGCACCGUAAGCAAUUAUGCAUCCACAGCGGUUGGAAAUGAAGGAGCGGCCAUCCAUGUACAAGAAUGCAAAAUGUGAUUGUAGAUGUGUAUGUCGAUGUGGAUGUGAAUGCGAAUGUGGAUGUGGAUGAGGAUGUGGAUGAGGAUAUGACCAGGACGAAAGACCAAGGAUGAAGACGAUGCAGAACCUGCGGAUGCAGGUCUUUGAGAAAAUGCAUUCGCAAUACACACACACUGGCACACACAUGCACACACACUCACACACACACACUCACACACACACGUCUCUCCAAUUAACACACAGCACUUGCCCAACAAUAGAUAAGCUAUAUCACAAAAUAGUAUAAUAAUAGUGCAGACUUAGCAAAAACAAUAAAACUCGGUGGCCAGCAGCAAGCUGUAAUUGCAACCUUAUGAAUUUCAAAUUUCACAUAUGGAAACCGUCCAUUUCGCCGAUAUAAAUGGUGAUCUGCCAUUGCAGUUGCUGCAUAUAUUAUCCUUGGUCAUGAACUAAACAAAGAUUACUAAGAUCGAAGUUGAGCCACGAAGAUUAUAAGAAAAAAGCAUAUAGUAGCUGGAAAUGAAUUAUGGAAAUCUAAUUAAUUGGGCUGCUAUCAUAGAAGUCAAUUUAACUUGUGAUAUUAUUUCAGCAAGCGGACAAACGCCAGAAAGUAUGCUAUCAUUUUUUACGUCUACUUAUUUUCAUGUUCUCAAGAAAAUCAACAAUCGUAUUUACUUUAAAAACAGGGAAGAGCUUAACUGAAAUAUUUGAAUAUACCUAACUUAACUUUACUUAUACAUAUACUUAACUUAUAGAUUUAAAAACUAACAAAUAAUUUCCUUGAAGUACCAAAUCUAAGCUAUAAACUGUCACUAUUGGCACCUAAUUGCAAAACUAGCAACUGCAUUUAAUAAACAAUGCGAAGAAAAAA